AUGUUGUUACUGGAAGUGCGCGUGAAAUGAGAUCAAUAGAAAUCUCAUAAGCAAAAUUGUCUGAUAGCAUCAAAUAAUCGAAAAAUAUAAACAACUAUGUUGCAGUUUAGCAAACAAUUGUUGAACAGAAGUUUGACAAACAAUUUCAGCUCAACAACUGCGGUCUUGGCUGGAAGUCAAGUCCAAAGUACUUCAACGAUUAGAAAUCUUAAUCAAUUCAACAACAUUGGCAACAACGCUGAGAAAGUCAGCAACAACUUGUGCCAUAAGCGAUUGUCGUCGACCAGUCAAAGUUCAACCUCCAGCAGCAUGAAGCGUUUAGCAGGUAAAGUCGCUGUGGUCACCGCUUCAACAGACGGCAUUGGAUUUGCCAUUGCCAAGCGUUUGGCUGAGGAUGGAGCCGCCGUUGUGAUCAGCAGUCGCAAGCAAAAGAAUGUUGACAAUGCCUUGGCCGAGCUGCGUAAAUUGAAUCUGAAUGUUCAUGGACUCAAGUGUCAUGUUAGUGAAGCUACUGAUCGCAAACAGCUUUUUGAUGAGACCAUUAGCAAGUAUGGAAAACUAAACAUUUUGAUAAGCAAUGCAGCCACAAAUCCUGCUGUGGGCGGCGUACUCGAGUGUGAUGAGAAAGUGUGGGACAAAAUCUUUGAUGUGAACGUGAAGAGUUCAUAUCUGUUGGCCAAGGAAGCGUUGCCCUACUUGCGACAAGAGAAGGGCUCCAGCAUUGUGUUUGUCUCUUCGAUUGCGGGCUACGAUGCCUUUGAGCUUCUCGGCGCCUACUCGGUGAGCAAAACCGCACUCAUUGGACUCACAAAGGCAGCAGCCAAGGAUUUGGCACCCGAGGGCAUACGUGUCAAUUGCCUGGCACCCGGCGUCAUACGCACUAAGUUCUCCAAGGCACUGUAUGAGAACGAGGCGGCCAAUGAAGCAGCACUCAGCAAGAUACCCAUGGGUCGACUGGGUACCAGCGAGGAGAUGGCUGGUGUGGUUUCUUUCCUGGUAUCCGAAGAUGCUGGCUACAUAACUGGUGAAUCGAUUGUCGCCUCUGGCGGGAUGAGUGCGCGUCUCUAAAGU